UUCGGAAAUUCUGAAAAGGCGGACGUUUAUACUUUUUUAUAAAUCUGACCGGAACCACCGCGACGAGUAGAAUAACAAAAAAAUCCUACUCAUUCAAGUGUCUCAAGCUACUGUAACUACAUAAAAUAAUUUAGAUUCUAGAUCUAGAUUCUUGGUCUAGUUCGCUUUAGGGAUUAGAUCUAGGUCUAGAAUUCUAGAUUUAUAAACAUUUAUCUUAUCUCAUAAUCUAUAAUAAUCCAAAUCUAAAUUUUAGUCUUUAAGAAUCUAAAAAUGGUACGGCUUAGCGCUCAGCUAAUAAACAUGUCCGCCCAGAAACACAAUCCAGUUAGAGAUUGGGAGUUAGAUUUAAGAGGUGAAGGUUACAAAGACAGUUUGUCACUUGUGUGUGGAAACAAACUCAAAAUCGAAGUGGUCCACCCAGGUUACAGAAUCCCAAUCAUUGAAAAUUUGGGAGCUACUCUGGAUCAGUUUGAUACAAUAGAUUUCACAGAUAAUGAUAUCAGAAAGCUAGACAAGUUUCCACUUCUAAAGCGUCUAAAACAUAUUUUGCUAAGCAAUAACAGAAUAGUACGAAUUUCUGAAGACUUGCAAGAAAAUCUUCCAAAUUUGGAAACACUAAUUUUGUCUAACAACAGUCUUAAGGAACUUUCAGACAUUGACCCUUUAUCUACAAUAACAACUUUAAAACAGCUCAGUCUCUUGGGUAACCCUGUUGUAACUAAAAAGAAUUACAGAUACUAUGUGAUAUCUAAAAUACCAAGUUUGAGAGUUCUCGACUUUUCUAGGAUAAAGCAGAGGGAAAGAGAAGCAGCUGCAAAAAUGUUUAAGAAAAAGAAAAGUCAACAGCCUCAGCAGCAGACAGCUGCACCUGUGUCUAAGGAGAAUGGAGCCAAAGCAAAGACAUUUACACCUGGUGAAAAACUUGCUCCAGUCAGACAGGUUCCUACUGGUCCUUCUAAAGAUGAUGUAGCUGCAAUCAGAAAAGCCAUAGCCAGUGCUCAGACUUUGGAAGAGAUUGAGAGGCUGAACCAGAUGUUAAAGUCUGGACAAAUACCUGGCCAUGAAGACUUACAAAAGAGAGCAGGGGAUGACAGAGAUUCCAAGAGAUCACAGAGAGCUCAUGAAGAAGAGGAGGAAGAAGAAGAUGAUGAUGACAGAAUGGAAGAUGAUGGUUAAACACACACACAUACUCAAAUCAUUUUGUUGUACAUUUUCAUUCAUCCACCUUACAUAACUGAUAGUCAAAUUAUGAUUAAUUCUUUUUUUGUUUAUUUACCUAUAGUUUAAAAGUUAUAUAAAUGGAAUUCUAAAUAAAGAAGUUGUUUUUUUAAAUUUCAUUAAAAUGUGUAGGUUUCUAUAAUGUUAGGUUUCUAAGAAUUAUUUAUUUACUUUUUUUAAAAAAGUCUUUGACUAUAUUUUCAUAAUAAAAGAAAUAUUUUAUUAAAAUCAAAUGUAGUUAUAAAGAGAUUUUUUUUUCAUAUCAUUCACAAGUUUUGUUUCUUAUGACAUUUCCUCCUCUAUUUUCAGAGACCUUAAGUGUGUGGGACUGCCAUCGCUGACUGGAGCAUCUCUUCUUGUCUUUUUUUUUUUUCUUCAAACCAUAGCUGUUGGUAUACAUACUACCGGUACAUUCAGUUACUGAGCAUUAACAACAGAUACUACCAUGAUCUGACACCAGAAGGUGCUAGAUACAUAUAUAUAAUACAGUGUCAUUUUAUUAAGUUGGUAGAACAGAUGCUUCACAAUCUUAGGUCAGUGAAGCAGAUACUACACACUCUCAGGUUUUAGUUAUAAUACUAGAAAAUUUGAUGAAUGUUAAGUAAUUUUAUGUUUUAUUCAUGUGAGCUCUCCAGCCCAGUACCAGAUUGGAGCAGACUGCUACUGUUUCUGUUAUGUUGGACACUGAAGUAUAUUAAAAACUUUUGACUGUUAUUUCACAA